AUGGGUUUAGCAGGUACUAAAGUGAAACAAAGAUUUGGGAUGGAUCCCCGUAACACCAAAUGGGCUAAUGAUACCAAUAGAUUUGGUGUUCAAUAUAUGGAAAAACAAGGUUGGAAACCAGGUUCUGGGUUAGGUUUGGUAUCUCAUGCUAUGACUACUCAUGUUAAGAUCCCAUUUAAAGAAGACAAUGUUGGUCUUGGUGCCAAAUUAGCCAAAAAGACUAAAAAAGAUGAAUUUGAUAGUGGUGAAUGUGCAGGUUUAGAUGUUUUCCAAAGAAUUUUAGGUAGAUUAAAUGGUAAAGAAGAAGAAAUUAAUAAAGAAUUAGAUUUACAAAAACAAGAGAAAAUAUUGGGUAAAAUGGGUAUUACAUUUGUUAAAGGUGAUGUUUUGAGAAGUACAUGGGAUUCAGAAGCUAAGAAACUGAUUGACAAUAAUAAGAAGAGAAGUAGAGAUGAUAGUGAAGAUGAUAGUGACAGUGAAGAAGAAAAACCAAAGAAGGCAAAGAAAGAAAAGAAGGCAAAGAAAGAAAAGAAGGAAAAGAAAGAGAAGAAAGAAAAGAAAGAAAAGAAAGACAAGAAGAAAGAAAAGAAGGAAAAGUCUAAAGAUAAGAAAGAGAAGAAGGAAAAGAAAGAAAAGAAGGAAAAGAAAGAGAAAAAAGAUAAAAAGGAUAAGAAAGACAAGUCCAAAGAAGACAAAUCAUCUGAAGUAACUCGUGAAAGUAUGCUAACACCUACUGAAUCAAGAGAAAGUACACCAGUGAACUCUCGUCACAUAAGGUCAAGAUGGAUCAAGCAAAAAAGAGCUGCAACAUUAGAUGCAAAGGCAUUAAAUGAGAUCUUUAUGAUAACGAAUUAA